UAGACCACCAAUACCCCCACGUCCCUACUACACACAUAAAUCCAAUUUUGCAGUAUCAUCAUCAUUUUCAUUAUUUAUUCUUCAUCUUCUAAACUUCUACAACAGGUAGAUACCCAUCUAUCUACUUUUCUAUAUCUAUGUUUUAUCUAUAUAUAAUAUACAACACAACUUACAACAAAAGUUAAUUACAAAAAAAAGAAAACGUAAAACUUCCAUCACGCCCAGAUCUUCACUAUGUGCUACUGAUCGGAUUUAAAGGCCCAACAAGAUUUUCAAGGGUAACCUUCAAUUUCGGUCCUAUUAUUCAAAGACCGAACCCGACCCGGUAUAACCCGAGACCGAACCGGAACGCCCGAGAGCCGGUCUUCGGUUUAGCUUUCCUUGCCAUUUCGGUCCUCGGUCCUAGCCGGUCCAGUCCGGUCCGGGUUUUUGACCGUGCUCAUGCCUAGUAUGAUUCAUUCAAAGGUCCCCAGCUUGACUAUGUGUAUUUUUUUGUCUUAUUAUUCAUUAUGGAAAGAUUUGAGAAAGGCAAAAGAAAAUAAUAAUCCCAAAAUAGCAACGCGUUUUUGCCCUUCUUUAUUCCAACCAAAAUCACCAUUAAAUUUUACACAUCAAACCAACCCAAAAAUCUUCCUUGUCUAUUCUUCUAUUUCAUAUCUUCCAAAGGGUUGAUGUGUUAGGGUUUUAACUUUUACGCCAAUUUCCUUUUCAUAUUUUCAUAGAGAUAUAUAAUAAUAAAUUAAUAAUAAUAAUAAUAAAAGAGAGAGAUGCAAAAAGUAGAAGAAUCAGAGCAGGUAAGAUCAGUGGCAGCAGCAGCAGGGAAACAUAGAAUUUCUGCUGCAUUGAACAGACUUCACCAAGAUACUCAAUCUUUACAGAAAGAGUUAGAACUACUUGAGAAUAUGGAAGCAGCUUCAAUUGUAUGCAAGGGAAUCCUCAGCGAUGUUGAAUCAAGACCUGAUCCGCUACUUCCAGUGACAAAGGGACCAACAAAUCCAUCAUGGGAUAGAUGGUUCGAAGGACCACAAGAUAAGCCAGAUUGCAAAUGCUGCAUAAUGUGAAGACAUUCUUUACCAGAUUGCUGCGAUGGUGUCAUUUUACAAUCACGACCAAAUAUAGGAACAAAUCUGUCUGACUGAGAAUUAGAGGAGAUUUUCUUGUGCAGAAUGACAAAUUCUUCUAGUUUUGAUUUUAUUAUCUGAGGAAAUCAGUUUUCUGAAAGUAAUGUUGUUGGAAAUUAUUUAAUGUUAGCAUGGUGACAUAGUGGAUGUAGUUCCAAGUUUAUCAAAUAGAAUUAUAUAUUUUGGAAUGUGAGAUUAGGCCUCUGAAUAUACAAGUGCACAAAUAUGUAUAAACUUCUGUACAUAUUUUAACUUCACCUAUUCUUUUUCUUUUCUUCUUUA